CUCUGACAAUAGUGAUAGGUGUCAAAAAAUGAAAAGAGAGAAUCUUCAAAAUGCAAGCCAUCUAUUUUUUCAAGAUUAUUUUAACCAAAUAUUAAUCUAAUUAAUUUAACCAAAUAUUUAUUAAUACUAAAUGAAAAAAAUAAUACUGUAAUACUAUUUGCAUUAAGAAAAUAGGCCCUCAUUUGAAAACCCUCAAUUUGAUUACUGCAAAAAAGGAGCAACCAUGUCUUCCCCAAGUAAACGACGAGAGAUGGACUUGAUGAAACUGAUGAUGAGUGAUUACAAAGUGGAGAUGAUUAAUGAUGGUAUGCAAGAAUUCUAUGUGGAAUUUCACGGGCCCGCCGAAAGUCCGUAUCAUGGAGGUGUGUGGAGGAUUAGGGUUGAGCUUCCAGAUGCUUACCCAUACAAAUCUCCAUCUAUAGGGUUUAUAAACAAGAUAUACCAUCCCAAUGUUGACGAGAUGUCAGGUUCAGUCUGUCUUGAUGUCAUUAAUCAGACUUGGAGUCCGAUGUUUGAUUUGGUAAAUGUUUUUGAGGUGUUCCUCCCACAGCUUCUGUUGUACCCCAACCCUUCAGACCCCCUUAAUGGAGAGGCUGCUGCUCUGAUGAUGCGAGAUCGAGCUGCGUAUGACCAAAGAGUUAAAGAAUACUGUGAGAAGUAUGCAAAGCCAGAAGAUGCAGGAGCUGCUCCAGAAGAAAAGAGUAGCGAUGAGGAGCUGAGCGAGGAUGAAUAUGCUUCGAGUGAUGAAGCAAUGGUGGGUGAAGCAGAUCCGUAGUUGCAUGUACUCAGUUCAUCUCAUUGAAUUUACUGUAUCUGUACAUUAUCUAUCAAGUAGGUCUGGUUGAAUCAAUCCCCAACACUAAUGUAAAGACUGUCUGUUGGGAAUUAUUUGUUGGGGGGGAAGUGACUGUCCCCAAGUUCCUUUAAUUUGUUCAAUCUGUCUUUGUAAAUAAAUGUACGCUCUGUCUAUUUAAUAUUCACGCACAAUUGUUUAGAUUUCUAAUUGUUCGAGGUCCGAUUUGCUGGUAGUGUACUUGUUUUCCUCCUCA